GAACUCAUUCCAUUCGGAAACAUUGCGAUAACCAGUCAGUUGCUUACCAACAAAUCUAUCACAAUCGUUUAAUCACUCAAAUUUUGAGUUAUCAAAUCCACGAUUUUCAUUUUAAAUUGAAAAAAAAAAAAACAAGAAACGAUGUCACGUUUGGUACUUUUGAUGCUGUGUCUUGUUGUGAGCUUGCACUUGGCGGUGGGAAGCAGCAAAACAAGCACACAAAAACGGUUCUACGCCGAAGGCGAAAGACGUGUGUAUAAUGACGAAAAUAACAACAACGGCAAUGACAUCGAUAACGGUAGCGGAGAAACAACUCCAACCGAACAACAAACCACAUUUGAAGACAUUUGGACAAGACGAAUCGUUAUCGGAAUAUCCAUUAGAAAAGAUGAAGAAAAUCCCACAGAUAAUAAACCAAGCCCACCAUCAAUUACACCACCGUGAACGUUUUAAAAAAAUUGUUGCACCAUUGAAAUUGAUUUUCUACAUUGGAACUAGCAAUCAAAAUGAUUUCUGUAUGAUAAAUUCGACUUUAAAUGAUUCAAAAUAAAUCCAAUUAUAAUCACGUUUGCAAAUUUAAAGAA